AUGCAUAUUAAUAUUCCUUGGGUUGGGUUACCAAUCUUUGGGUUGAAGUUACUACCUCUGGGUUGGGGUUAUCACUCUUUGGGUUGGGUUACUACUAUCUUGGUUGGGUUACUACACUCUGGGUUGGGUUAUCAUACUUUGGGUUGGGUUAUCUACACUCUGGAUCAGAUUGAUGCUUUUCAGAAUAGGUUAACACUCUAUAGAUUAGGUUAA